CAACACUACUAUAUAACAAAUAAUUUGAGGUUAGGAUGGCAGUAGAAGGAAGAACCGUAGCACUUCCAGUGCGAAAAGUUAUAAUCCACCCCGUGGUUUUGUUUAACAUUGUAGAUAACUACGAGAGAAGGAAUGACAACAAUAAGCGUGUCAUCGGUACACUCAUGGGAAGGUACGACAAAGGAACCGUGCACGUGACUGAGUCGUUUGCUGUUCCCCAUCAGGAGACUGAAGAAGAGGUGUCCAUGGACAUGGAGUACGCUAUGAGAAUUGGAGAACUCCAGAAAAAGGUAAACACGACGAUGUACACAGUAGGGUGGUACAGCAGUGGAAUAAUAAUCAACGAGUACAGUUCCCUGAUACACGCCUUCUACAAGUGUCAAUGUCCCACCCCAGUCCAUCUUACUGUAGACACGCAGCUCAAAGAGCAGAAGAUGAAGAUCAACACUCACAUUACGUCUCAAUUAGGAGCUAAGAACGGAACUGAGGGUUGUAUUUUCACUCCUGUUCCUCAUGUCAUUACUGGAGCUGAGGCUGAUCAGGUAAGUUUGAAGUUUUUCCAAGGACUACGAGGAACCAGAAAGACUCCAAAUUUCAACGAUCAAGAACAGAUAAUAAAUUCUUGUGACGACAUGAUAUCGCAGAUUAACAUUGUCAUGGGACACGUCAAAAAGGUGAUAGCUGGAGAGGUACCCAGUGAUAAGGAGUUAGGAAGACAGCUGAUGGAGGUUGUACAAUCUAUACCUAACCUUGAUGGAGAUACUAUCACUAACAUGCUCAACUCUCAUAUGCAGGAUCUUCUCGCUGUGGAAUACUUGACAUAUUUAACGAGACAGCAGUUGGCUAUCAGCGCCAGAAUUAACCAGAUUCUAUAGAGAUCACAUUAAAGCUGUUUUUAAAGGAGAAUAAUCUUGAAUUUAUUGUGCGGUAGAGUUUCUUAUUUUUGACGUCCAGUUUUGGUUCACUCAAGCUUGUAACGGUAGAUUCAGGAUUGUCAAUAUUUGGAAUUGUUUUAUUUAUUGAUCAAUGGG